GCUCCAAGAUCCAAACACCAGCAAUAAUCAGGCCCAGCUCCCAUUCCAUCACGGCGACAAAACAUCGAUUCUUGACGUGAAUUUCUUCCACAAAUACAACCAAAUUUCCCAGGCCGUCUACUGCGCCAGCUCCAUAGGACUUGUUCUUGUCAAUCACACAUCUAGCACCGCACUUUUCACCCAUUGCUGCCGUUGCGACCAGCUGCAGAAUCAUGGAGCGCUUCAGGAGCCUACUCGGCGGCGGCAUGAAUCUGGGCGGUGCUGCGCCAGGGACAGAUAACACGAACUUGAUCGACAAUUCCGAGACGGUCCAUAUCUCCUCCCUUGCCCUGCUCAAGAUGCUCCGACAUGGUCGUGCCGGUGUGCCGAUGGAAGUUAUGGGUCUGAUGCUGGGAGAGUUCGUUGACGAUUUCACCGUCCGAGUUGUGGAUGUGUUUGCGAUGCCACAGAGUGGAACGGGCGUCAGCGUAGAAGCCGUCGACCCUGUUUUCCAGAUGAAGAUGAUGGACAUGCUCCGGCAAACUGGCAGGCCCGAAUCUGUCGUCGGCUGGUACCACUCCCAUCCAGGCUUCGGCUGUUGGCUGUCCUCGGUCGACAUAAACACCCAACAGAGCUUCGAGCAGCUCACCCCGCGCGCCGUCGCCGUGGUUGUCGAUCCGAUCCAGUCGGUUAAGGGCAAAGUCGUCAUUGAUGCAUUCCGACUCAUCAACCCGCAGUCCCUGAUGAUGGGACAGGAGCCCCGCCAGACCACAUCAAAUCUGGGCCACCUCAACAAGCCCUCGAUCCAAGCGCUUAUCCACGGCCUCAACCGACACUACUACUCGAUCGGAAUCAACUACCGAAAAACAGCCCUCGAGGAGAACAUGCUGAUGAACCUGCACAAGCACCCGUGGACAGAUGCGCUGCAGAUGGAAGACUUCCGGGCCGAAGGCCAGCGGACAAAGGAGCGCCUCGAGAGGCUGGUCAGCCUCGCCGAGGGCUACGAGAAGAGGGUCAAGGAGGAGACUGAGCUCACCAAGGAGCAGCUAAAGACGCGCUACGUUGGCAAGCUGGAUCCCAAGAAGCACUUGGAGGAUGUCGGCCAGCAGUUGAUUGAGGACAACAUCGUUGCUGUGUCGAGGCAAAUGAUUGACAAGGAGGCAACGAUGGCGAAGAAGGACACACCGACUGGGGCGAACGGGCAGCCGAACGGCGACCAGAUGGACGUGGAAGAAGAGGAACUUUGAUAGUCACGACAAAUUCGGCAUACAAAACCCUCGGUCGGGCGAACGGUCAUCUGGGCCAGGCGUUGUAUGACUAGGCGUUUGGGAAGGGUAACGGAGCUAGACUGGUAGCCAUGUACAUGGCUCAUUCUGGCACCUCGUUGGUUGCUAUGACUUGUCGAGAAUGUCCAUGGCAGUCUAUGUGUGGUGGCUGCUGUAUCUGG